AUGCAACCUUAGAAGUUAAAAAAUUGACGAAUGACUCCAUUUUUAUUUUGCAUUAUACUUAUUCACUUUUCCAUUUAAUUUUCUCAUUUUUGCGAAAGACAAAAUUUAAUAUAUUGUUAUUACAUUAUAUUAUUUAUAUUAACAUUAAAUUAAAUGAACAUGUUUUCAAGAAGUAUUGCAAAAAGUUGCCAAGUUGCCAUACAACGGACGUUUACCUCUUCUGUUGUUCGACGCAGUAUCGUUAAAAUACAAGAUCAAGAAGACUUCAAUAAACUUGUUAUAAACAGCAAGGAGCCUGUUGUCGUUGAUUUUUUUGCUACGUGGUGUGGACCUUGUAAAAUGCUGCAGCCACGUAUCGAAAGUAUUAUCGGUGAACAAAAUGGUGCAGUUAGUCUUGUAAAAGUGGACAUCGAUGAAAACGCUGAAAUCGCGAUGGAAUAUGGUGUGUCUGUGGUACCAGAGUUAAUUGCUAUGAGAGGAGGCAAAGUGCUGUCAAAAAUUGUUGGAUUACAAGACGAAGAUAAAUUAAGACAAUUUGUGGCAAAGUUAAUUGAUCAAACUACAGUUCAAAAGGAAACAAAUUAAAUUUACCAUUUAUAUAUUAUCAACUAUUAAUCAUAGACAAAGUAAAUGUUUGUAAUCUAUGAUUAAAUAGGAGUUUGUAUAUGAUCGAUUGUUAUGUAUGAUAAUUAGUUAACUACUAUACACUUUAUAGUAGAUAUUCCUUACUUUUU